AUGUCUGAUGUAGAUUUGGGUGAUAGGACGCCUUCUCAAUACCUACGUCAUUUGAGGACUUUAGUCGGGACUUCGAUGACCGAUAACGCAGUUAAAGCAAUAUGGUUAUCCAGACUUCCAGUGGAAAUUCAACCAUUUUUGGAGAUUGCUUCUGGAGCAGUCAAUACAAGAGAUGCACAAACCUCUGAGAUUGAAACAAAGAAUGCUGAUCUGCGUCAAAUGCGUCAAGAUAUUGAAGCUGUUUCAAAGCGUUUGGAUAAGCUUCAAAUGUAUCAUAAGAAGGAAGUGUCGUUUAGAAGACGACAAGAUAACUUAUGUCGGUUUCAUAGACGCUACGGAAGUCAUGCGAGGAGGUGUAUAUCGCCAUGUAAUUUUAAGUCGGGAAACGAUACGGGCGGUCAUUAA